AUGUCUUCUUUUACAUCCGCGACGCCAAUGACUGCAGGUAUUCAGGAACAGGCGAUUACACGCCACAAGCCCAUACUUUCCGAGCGUUCUGAUCCAAGCAAAACACACAAGAUUCCUCCCGUUAUAUCACUUAUAUCUGGUGGUGUCGCUGGGGGUGUAGAAGCGGCCGUUACGUAUCCUUUCGAGUUCGCAAAGACAAGAGCUCAGCUUUAUGCAACUGGUUCUAGAAAUCCGUUUGCAGUGAUUUCUCAGGUCAUCAGACAAGAUGGCCCAAAAGCCAUUUAUACUGGGUGUUCGACUCUAAUCAUUGGAACUACUGUCAAAGCCGGUGUUCGUUUCUUGUCUUUCGACUCCAUCAGAAACGCAUUGAUGGAUGAAAAUGGGAAAUUGACACCAACGAGAGGUAUCUUGGCUGGUAUGAUCGCAGGUUGCGUUGAGAGCAUCGUGGCAGUGACUCCAACAGAACGUAUCAAGACUGCAUUGAUUGACGAUGCCAAGUCUGGCGCAAGAAAGUACGCAGGUGGCACACAAGCCCUAUACUCAAUGCUCAAGCAGCAUGGGCUUAGAGAGGUCUAUCGCGGUCUGAUUUCAACGACGCUUAAGCAAUCGGCAACCUCGGCAGUGCGUAUGGGCUCUUAUAACGUUUUGAGAGACUUUUCGCGGCAAGCAAAUCUGCCCAACAACAGUCUGGUGACUUUCAGUUCUGGCGCUGUCGCUGGAAUCAUUACUGUCUAUGUCACGCAACCAUUUGACACAAUCAAAACCAAGGCUCAAUCUGCUCGCGGUGCCAGCAUGUCUGAGGCUUUCCGAAUGGUUUUGACAGAAAGAGGCGCUCGAGGGUUUUGGAGUGGAAGCACCAUGAGACUUGGACGUUUGAUUUUGAGCGGAGGAAUUGUUUUCACCGUUUAUGAGAAGGUCGCGGCGCUAUUAAAUUCGCAAAAAGCAAAUUACUAA